GGGCUCCUCCGGCUCACCAUGUACGAGAACGGGAAGUUCCUAAGCGACUCCGGCAACAUCUACGACUCCCGGCUCAAGGGCGGCCGGCUUGGGGCGCUCAGCAACUCGCAGAGGAGGAUUCUGUGGGUCUACAUGAAGUACAGCUGUAACGAAAAAGUGCCUCAGGCUGUAUACAACGACCUGCCACCAGCCCUCCAGGCCCAAGUAGAGGUCGACGAUGGAAGCUAUCAACCCACUGGAAUAUAAAACCCACCGGAUUGUGUAGUCGUAUGUGUUUUAAAGUGGGUCUGUAUUAGUUUGAAAAAAAAAGAAAAAAAAAUAUAUAGGUAAUAUCAUUUUUUGUGCACAGUUAUGAAUGACACUGCUCCGUUGCAAGUUUGAUAUCCUGACAUUUACCCUUGAAUCUGUUACAUUGAUUUGAUCAUGCCAACCAAGCAAACUUUGUGACACAUAAUCGUGUAUCAUUUUGAGAUAAGGAAACCAUAUGUUGGCAGAUUCAUAUUUAACAAGUUCGAACCGAAACGAGGGAAAGAACGCAAAACGUUGUGCCUUUAGUUGCAUUGCUUGAUAAGAUUUGAUUCAAAGAUAUGGACUUAGUGCAUUAAAGAAUAAUAUAAUA